AUGUUGACUAAACACACCCAUAAUUCAUGAUAAAAUAACCAUAUAAUCACCGUUGACUAAACACACCCACAACAAUAAUCAUAGUAAAUUCAAAUUCUAUCCCCAUAGCCAUAGGUAUCAAUUUCCAAUCAAAUAUGGCGAGCUCAAUCUACAACACCAGGGAAACUGAAGUAAAAGCCUUCGAUGAAACCAAAACCGGCGUUAAAGGUUUAAUCGAUAGCGGCAUAACACAAGUUCCUAGAAUCUUCAUCAACCCCCAAAUUGAUCCAAACCAGGCUCUGAUCAGCUCAGUCAACGCGCAAUUGGAGUUCCCAUUGCUCGACCUAGAAGGCGUCGGCGAUGAUCCGAUCAAGCGCAAGGCCGUCGUCGACGCCGUUCUCGAAGCUUCCGAGACUUGGGGAUUCUUCCAAGUGAUCAACCACGGGAUUCCGGAGGCCGUAUUGGAGGAUAUGAUCGAUGGAGUGCGCCGUUUCUUCGGUCAAGAUGAUGAAGAGAGGAAGAAGUGGUAUACUAGGGAUUUGAAAAAAUCAAGGGUUGCUUACAACAGCAAUUUUGAUUUGUAUACCGCGCCGUCGGCUAAUUGGAGAGACACUGUUUUCUGUAAAAUGGCUCCGAAUCUUCCUCAACCCGACCAAUUGCCCGCGGUUUGCAGUGAUAUAAUGAUUGAAUACACAAAACAAGUUUUGAAGCUUGGAAGAAGUCUGUUUCAACUAUUAUCCGAGGCACUCGGUCUCAAGGCCGAUCACCUCGUGGACAUGAAAUGCGCGGAUGGGGUGGCUAUGUUGAUGCAUUACUACCCUGAAUGCCCUCAGCCGGAGCUAACUCUAGGCGCGAGCAAGCACGCUGACAGCGACUUCCUAACGGUGCUGCUGACCGACCAAGUACGAGGCCUGCAAGUCCUGUACCAGAACCAGUGGGUUGAUGUGCCCCUUGUGGCAGGAGCUCUGGUGGUAAAUAUUGGUGAUCUUCUUCAGCUUGUAACAAAUGACAGGUUUGUUAGUGCUGAGCACAGAGUGUUAGUGAAUAGCUCGUGCCCGAGGGUUUCAGUCGCGUGUUUCUUCAGAGACAAUAGUAUUAGGUCAACGGAGCUCUACAGGCCGAUUGAAGAGCUCGUAUCGGAAGAUAACCCGGCGAGGUAUAUGGCAACUACUUUGGCAGAGUAUAUCACCCACGUACACUCCAAGGGGCUGGAUGGAACUUCUGCUUUGUCACAUUUUCGAGUUUGAACUUGAUUAUUCACUUCAUCUUUAUUGGGUUGGAGAAGGUGGAAAUGUGGUGAAAAUGAGGUAGAGUUGAUGUUAAUCUAUGGUGUGGAUAGGCUUGCUUGCUUGCUUGGACAAAAUAUCUGAUUACCACAAAAAGCAGAAAAUCUUGGGUGAGGUUGUAAUAGUUGGUUCAAAACCAUGUUUUGGAAUGUUUGUAAUUUUAAAUAUGUAUAUACAUGUAAUUUAUUGGUAUUCGAAUAGGGAUACUGGUCUGUAAAAUCAUGAACUUUGUCUAAAAUUUGGUAUUUCCCAUGAA